UUUCUUCUGUUAUAUUAGAAGACAAAAAACAAUUAAUGAUGAAAAUAUCGAAUACUGUAAAACUCCUACUUGCGUUCUGCGCAUUAGCGCUUUUAUGUUACGUAUUAUUUCCAAAAUCUCCUAUUGACGAAAGUAGUUAUGAUCACAAGUAUAAAGUAGAACUAGCCCUGAUCAACCCAAAACUAAUGACUUUGAGUAACCACCAAGAAAUAUUCAAUGAAUACCAAACGGAGUCUUACUUACAAACAUUUAACAAACAUUUUAUGGAAGGCGAUGUACCCAAAGUAGGAAAAAUCGCGUCAUUUGGUAUCGCGGUGCUGGCAAAGUACGCCGAGGACGACCAUUUGAAGGAAUAUUUGCGCGUAGCAGAAGAUCUGAUCCGAAAAAUAAACGGCCAAUUGGGCGCCAUUAAAAUAGGAUCCGAUCAAAAGGUUCCUUGGGGCGGUAAUUGGUUCGAUUUUUCUGUUUUAUUGACACGGAUGCUCGCGAUGUACGAAUAUCUCGGAGAAGAUAAAGAAGUAAAGACGAUUUGUGGCCGUAGAAUUAUCGAAAUAAUUCCGGAACUGAACAAAUCAUUGGGCUGGACACGCAGCGACUUUGAGUUUGUUUAUAUUGCGAUCCCGCGUCUGAUGACUAAUUAUCUCAACGAUCGCAAGUUGUAUGACUCGGAACUUGAAGAUCAAAAAGGCCUAUUUGGAUCGCUUAGUAAAGUUUUUAACCUAACCUACAAUACUGAGGAUGACGGCAAAGAUGGUCUGUAUCGGGACGGUUCAUAUCUUUACCACAGUGUGGCGACUUACUCAUAUUUAGCAUCGCUAGGAAAUUUUUAUGGGACCGUCUACCGGGCUCUCGGUUUUGAUGCUAACAUAGAUGCCAAAGUAAUUGAACUAUUUGACAAAAUUCUUCAUCCAGACAUGGAUUUUAUACCCUACGGUCUGUUUGGUCGGGAGCCAAAAAUAACUUGCACAGAUAUUUUGAAAUAUUACUGGCCAAAAUAUAGAAAAGAUGCUAAAUUGGGCGUCAAUAUAUUUCCUUAUAUUGGUCUCGGUGUAUUCAAAUCAUCAAAAUUCGUAUUUUCGUUGCGCGUUCAACGGCCUGACAUUGCGGCCUACGAAAGCGAUCCGGAUAAUUUUGAAUUUCCCGCGGGAUGGAUUCAAAUGCGUAAAUUAUAUCUUAAAGGAGUUGAUUACAGUGAAUAUAAAAAUGAAAUGAAAUGGCCUGAACUUGAAUUACAACCAGGUGUGAUAUCAUUUGUCGAUGAUGAAUACAAUAAAUUUGAAAAUUUGAAACCUGUAACCGGCUCAUUGGCACAUUUAUACCAAGGCGCUAGAUCCUACAUCGGACAUUUGGCUGAUGAUGAUAAAAACUUGUUAUUUUGGAUCAAUAAUUAUAAAUUUGAUAAAAUUUAUGGUGAUUCCGAGGUAAUGGAAUACGGAAUUUGUACCGAUAACGGUUUAGUAAUGCGUUAUUCUGUAGACAAUAAACUAGGGGGUCGUGAAUUGAAACUAAGAGUAAAAGACGAUGAUAUUAAAGACGAUUCCCGAAUGCAUAUUACAACAGUUCCAGAAUUAGAUGAAAACGGUUGCUUUGUUUUCCGAUCAAGCGAGCGGUAUUUUUGGCGCCAAGUGUUUGAUAUAAACGUUGAACCUACUACAAUAUAUAUUGAUUCGAUAAAUGGUAUUUCAUUCCAAUUCAAUAAAAAACACUUUGAAAUUCGUUUAAGUGAUGACAAGUGCCACUAUACUAUUAAACGUGGUCCUAAUUUAAUUCUUGCUGGCGGCUGGCAUAGCGAUCCUAAUAAAACGUAUGAGUUAAAUGGUAAGAAUUUCAUAAGAAAUCCGGAUACCAUGAUGUAUGAACUCGUUGAAUAAUUAAAUAUAUAUUCAUUGGAAACGAAUUUGUAAUAUUUUUUUUGUUUUGCUUCAAAGAAACCAAGGGAGGCAAUGAUCGUUCAUUUGAGUCAUGGGUUUGGAUUGAUUCUAGUUCCAUUGCCCAAGACUCAUAACGCCCAUUCUGAGUGGUUAAGAAUUCUAGUCGUAUAACGCUCGC